GUCGGCUGUUGGGCCGAGGCGUGCAGGUGGGCUGGCGGCCGACGCGGUGCGGGUCGCGGUGAGGAUCGCGGAGGGCUCGGGGCCGCAGGAGGAGCGUGCGGACGGUGCGCGGGAGGCCGCCUGAAGUAACCGUCGCGGCGCGCGAGGCCGCGGUGGGGGAGGGGCGGCGGGAGCGCGGAUGCUUCCGUCCCCGGGGUCGCGCGCCCGGCGGGAGCGUCCCGGGGCAACCAGCGGGCCGCCCUUUUGUGCCUCGGCACGCCGCGGCCCGGGCGCUGGGGGCCGCUGCCCUGCCGGUCCUCCAUGCUGCGGCCUCGAGUGAGCGGUUUGGGGACUGGGCUCUGCGCAGUUUCCGUGGGGUUGCGGGGGUCUCGCGGUGAAAGGGUCGCGCCCCGGACGUCGCCCCCGCCCUUCGGAGACGCUGGUUCCCCGGAAUGGCCACCCGGGCCCGCCCUGCCCGGCCGGAAGGGGAUGGAGCGCUGACAGCCGGCCUCGUGGGCUUCGUCGGGGCCCUCAGCUCCCCGAGCGCGAGGACUCCCGACGCGAAACGGGCACGGCUGCCCGAGGACCCCACCUGAGGGGACAGGUUUGCGGUUUGACGGGUGGCACGCUGCCUCAGUUGUCUUCUGCACUCGGUGGUGGUGGAGAGUUUUGAACCAGUGCCUGGCCGGCCCCUGAGUAGCUAGGGGCCAGGAGUGCAGUGAGUCCCUUCCUUUCUAACCCGUCUCGACUUCCCUCAGGUGGCACUGUCUGUCGCUAUGGCGUUGAUGUGAAGCUCAGGUGAUGUAAAGGUUAUGAGCCACUUUCAGUUUUGUUUCCUUCUCAGUUUCAGAAAUGUUCUUUUGGCGGCCAGUGUCUGAAUAUAUCUAAAUGCAAAUCCUCACUCCCUCACAAAUAAGCCCAGGAAUCUCCACUGAGAGGAUCACUUCUCUGUGGGCCGUUUGACAAGGUACAGAAUGAGCACAUGUUGUUGGUGUACGCCAGGUGGUAUUUCCACCAUUGAUUUCCUAAAGUGCUAUGCAUCCAAGACCCUGUCCAGUGAAUUUCAGACAGCUGAUGAAGACCUCUGCUACUGCUUAGAGUGUGUGGCUGAAUACCACAAAGCACGAGACGAACUGCCCUUCUUGCAUGAGGUUUUAUGGGAAUUAGAAACCAUCCGUCUUGUAAAUCACUUUGAAAAGUCCAUGCAAGCAGAAAUCGGAGAUGACGAUGAGCUAUAUAUAGUAGACAGCAACGGAGAGGCCCAGCUGUUUGACUUCACUGGCCAAGACUUUGAAAAUAAGCUUCGAGUUCCUCUCCUUGAGAUACUGAAAUAUCCUUACCUGCUUCUGCACGAGCGCGUUAAUGAACUGUGUGUUGAAGCACUUUGUCGGAUGGAACAAGCCAAUUGUUCCUUUCAGGUUUUUGACAAACACCCAGGGAUCUACUUGUUUUUGGUCCAUCCCAAUGAAAUGGUUCGGCGUUGGGCUAUCCUGACUGCAAGAAACUUGGGAAAAGUGGACAGAGAUGAUUAUUACGACUUACAGGAGGUUUUAACCUGCCUUUUUAAAGUCAUUGAGUUGGGGCUUCUAGAAAGUCCAGACAUUUAUACUUCUUCUGUCCUCAAAAAGGGAAAACUGAUUCUUCUGCCUUCACACAUGUAUGACACUACCAACUAUAAAAACUAUUGGUUAGGUAUUUGCAUGUUGCUGACCAUUCUUGAGGAGCAAGCCAUGGAUUCGCUGUUGCUGGGCUCAGACAAACAAAAUGAUUUCAUGUGUUCAAUCCUUCACAUGAUGCAGAGGCAGUCAGAUGAUGAUAGUAUGGAUCCUUUCUGGCCAGCGUUGCACUGUUUCAUGGUGAUUCUGGAUCGGCUUGGAUCUAAGGUCUGGGGUCAACUUAUCGAUCCUAUUGAGGCAUUUCAAACCAUCAUCAACAAUGUGAGCUAUAAUAGAGAGAUCCAAAAUAUACGGAACAGCUCUGUAAGGACCAAGUUAGAGCCGGAGCCAUAUUUGGAUGAUAUGGUGACUUGCAGCCAGAUUGUAUACAAUUACAAUCCUGAAAAGACCAAAAAGGAUUCAGGGUGGAGAUCAGCCAUUUGCCCAGAUUACUGUCCUAACAUGUAUGAAGAAAUGGAAACAUUGGCCAAUGUACUUCAGUCAGAUAUUGGUCAAGACAUGCGUGUUCAUAACAGCACAUUUCUGUGGUUCAUACCUUUUGUUCAGUCCCUCAUGGAUCUGAAGGAUUUGGGUGUGGCUUACAUAGUAGAAGUUAUUCAUCACUUGUACUCUGAAGUCAAAAAUGUCCUCAACCAAACAGAUGCUGUGUGUGACAAAGUCACUGAAUUUUUUCUUCUAAUUUUGGUGUCAGUGAUUGAACUACAUAGAAACAAGAAAUGCUUGCAUUUGCUGUGGGUUAGUUCCCAGCAGUGGGUGGAAGCAGUUGUGAAGUGUGCCAAGCUUCCUACCACUGCAUUUGCACGGAGCUCUGAGAAAUCAUCUGGAAAUUUCUCCAAAGGCACAGCAAUGAUUUCCUCACUGUCACUGCAUUCAGUGCCAUCUAACUCUGUACAGCUUGCUUGUGUGCAGCUAAUUAGGAGUCUCCUCAAAGAAGGUUAUCAGCUCGGUCAGCAAACACUUUGUAAGCGAUUCUGGAAUAAGCUUAACUUAUUCCUCCGAGGAAAUUUAUCUCUAGGGUGGCAGUUGACUAAUCAGGAAACCCAUGAGUUGCAGACUUGUUUAAAACAAAUUAUUAAAAACAUAAAAUUCAAAGUACCUCAGUGUAGCCCUUUGGACUUGACUCCUUAUAAAACCCCACCUGCAUCUUUUAAUGAAGAGAAUGAACAAAUAGAGAAGAAGUUUAAAAAAGACAUGCUUUGUCUGGAAAAUUGCAGCUCAACACUUUCUAAAGAACCAAAGAAAACAGAGACAUACCAAGUGCAGGAGAGUACAUUGACUAAAGGAGAUAACAUUGUAGAAGAAGAAGGUACCAAACAAAAUUAUGUAAAGGAUUUGAAUGCAGAACACCGUCUCUCAGCUGAGUUGAGCUUAAAGCGGAAUAGUAAAGGCCUUUUUGCUAAAAGAGCUCAAGACCAGAUUAAAAUGAGUGCAGGAGAGCAGAAGUCUGUAAAAGAGAACUCUUCAUGUACACCACAGAAUUGUACUUCAAAAAAUGGUUCCGAAAGGGGAUGCGACAGAGGAGUAAUAAUAUCAACAUAUUUAUUGCCCAAUUCUAGCACCGAUUCUCUGGAAAAAGUGUCCACAUCAAAUGAGGAUGAUGUUGGUAAAACUUCAAAAGCAAAAACAAAGGCACAAAAAGAUGAAAUCUGUGCAAAGUUAUCACAUGUUAUAAAGAAGCAAAACAGGAAAAGUACUUUGGUCAGUAAUUUAGAGGAAAGUAUGACUGUGUCUGACAUUGAGAGCUCCUGUUCAAGGAAAGAUACAGGAGGUCAGAAAGGGGAUGGCUUUACACAUGAUCUGUCUUUAGACUCUAAUGGUGUUCUGGAUGAUAAAAAUGUAGAACAGAAGCCUCAAAGCAAUUUGUUACUGAAAAGGAAGCAAUUGAAGAAUGAAGAGUUAGGUAUUUUCUCAGCCUGUGAAAAUAAUUGUCAAAUACAGGAAUGUCAUGUUGACAAUAAAGGUCUGGUGUCGUUUACAGAAGUGACCAGUACUUUAGUGAAGCAUAUGUCUCCUUUUAAACAUCCUGUGACUUUACUUGAAUCAAGAGAUAAGGACUUGACUAAGAGUACAGAUCUGAUUUCUUCUAAUUUGGUGAGAGAACAGGCCCCUGGCAUCAGUCCUAAGCCUGAUAUCUUAACAGAUUCUCAGGUAGACAGAGACCUCCACAAAUUAUCUUUGAUAGCCCAAGCCAGUGUUAUUAAGUUUCCAUCAGAUUCAACUCAAAAAAGUUCAUCUCAGCUACAAAGAAGAGAUGGUAAAAGAUCUUUCACAGCUAACCAUAGCAAUAUUGUAGACACCUGCCAUGGGCAAGUUAUUGUUAUUUCAGAUUCUGACGACGAUGAUGAUGAAAGAAUUCCGGGUUUUGAGAAACACAUUGAACAGGACAAAAUGUGCAUUGAGAAAGAAUUUCCAGAUCAGCCUGAUUCAAUGGUUAAUACUGAUGUAGAAAAGAAGCCUAUAAAGGAAGAAAAUACAAAGUCCCUUUUACAGUUUGAAGAAUUGGAUUCUCAGCUUUUUGAGUUUGAAAGUCCAUCUGACGUGUUUUCAGCUUGGCAGAAUCAUAAAGUAGACAGCAAGAAUUCAGUUGAAGAGGAGGAAAAAAGUUCGUGUGUGACUCAUGUAGCUGAUAGCACAAACAAUAAUUGGGGUUAUGGUACAGAUUAUGUACCUGCAGAGGUUGUUAAAAACAUAGAGGAUAUUGAAGAACGUGCAGAACCACACAGUAGUAGUGUUUCUGUUGAAGAGUUUUGUGACAUUCCAGUAAAAAAACCUAGGAGAAAACAGUACGAAAAACCUAUGGCUGAAGAUCCUCAGAGGCCUUCAUCAUCUGUCAGAAAUGAAGAUCAGUCUGAUAAUGAGAGAGGGCGUACUGAAGAUGCUGUAAAGCAUGCAGGCACAGGAACUACAACUCCCAUUUCAGGUGUUCAGAGAGCUGCUACGCUAAAGAAGUCUUCUCCAAAGCUUCGUACUUACUUGAAACCUGUUAGAAGAGUCCCAGUUUCCAAAACUAAGAAGAUGCAUUCAGAUAAUAAAAAAGGGCAGAGUAAAAGUUCAAGUUACCUAAGCUGUAGAAUAACCCCUGCUGUUGUACCACCAAAAAAGUUUCGUCAGUGUCCUGAACCAACUUCAACAGUGGAGAAACUUGGUCUGAAAAAAGCUCCUCGAAAGGCUUUUGAGCUGUCCCAGCGGUCUUUAGAGUAUGUGGCUCAAUUACGCGAUCAUGGCAAAACUGUUGGAGUAGUUGAUACCCCCAAAAAAGCUAAAUUAAUUUCUCCACAAACUCUUUCUGUCAGAAAUAAUAAGAAACUGUUGACAAGUCAGGAUCUUCAGUUGCGAAGGCAGAUGAAAACCAAAUCACAAAAGAACAGACAAGAAGUGUUAGUUUAUGAAAGUACAGAGGCUACAAGAGCAGGGCCACAUGCAGUGCAGAAUUCAGACGUCAGACCAGAACCUGAUAGGCCAUGUUAUAAAGGAGCUGAGGUACUUGCCAACGGUAAUGAAAAACAGUUAGUAAAAAUCUUACCUUCUGAGUCAGAAACCAUGAAAGCAAAAUGUGAUGCUUGUGUAUUGAACCGGUGUGAAUCUGGAGUGUUAAAUGGAAGAAUAACAACAAAUGAAAACAUUGUCUCAACUUCGGAGGACCCUUUAGGUGGAGGAGAUGGAACAGGACAUCGCAUAGAAGUGGCAGCUCUCAACAAGGCAGAGCAUGAUUCCAGCAGUGAUGCAGAGGAUGACAACUUGUUUUUAACACAAAAUGAUCCUGCAGAUAUGGAUUUAUGUUCACAGAUGGAAAAUGAUUAUGAUAAACUCAUUGAAGUGAUUCAUGGGAAAGAUACAGUUCAGGUAGAAGAUUUUGUAAGUCGACCUCAGUUGGAGUCUUUGAGUGGCACAAAGUGUAAGUACAAAGACUGUGUUGAAACCUUAAAAACCCAGGGCGAGUACUGCUCAAGGCACUCAGAAACUAAAGUGUCAGAUGAAGAUGUGUUUCGUAAACCUGGCUUACCUCUUUCUGCAGUCAAGCCCUUGAGACCUUCCACUACUAAGAUUUUUAGUUCAAGUAGUACUUCACGAAUUGCUAAUCUUUCCAAGUCUUUGGAAAACACUUCACUUCCAUCAGCUCUAAAAAAUAAAGCAACUGGGUUACAUUCUAUUUUGAAAGUGCCACAGCCCACUUCCAUGGUGUCUCAGAAGCCAGUGGCUGAGGUGAAGAGCUUAUGCAAUGUUUUUAAUUCUCAGACUCCAAAUAAUUCCAACAGGCAAGGUUUCAAACUUCCAUUUGUUGAAAACAAACCUUUUUUAUCUUCUUCUCCGGUAAAUGUUCUGUGGACACCGCAGUUUAUCUCUGACACCUUCAUUAAAGAGGUCUUAAAAUGGAAGUAUGAAAUGUUUGUGAACUUUAAUCAGUGUGGGGCCCCGGCAAGUCUUUGUCAGUCCAUCACAAGACCUGUGCCUGUCAGAUUUCAAGAUUGUGAAGAGUAUUUUCAUGUUUUCCUCCCUUUGAUCAUAUUGAAUACUUUCGAAACAGUAGCACAGGAAUGGGUCAACUCUCCAAGUAAAGAGAAUUUCUAUCACUUGCAUUUAAGAAAGUUUCCAGCUGAUUACAAAAAACACUGGGAGUUUGUGGUCUAUCUGGAGGAAUGCGAAUUGGCCAAACAGCUUCAUCCAAAAGAAAACGAUUUAGUGUUUUUGGCUUCUGAGAGACUAAAUGGAGAGGCAGAGGACAUGGAGAGAGAUGGCAUGCAAGAUCCCCACCAGUAUUACUCUGGUUAUGUUCAAAAGUUUCGCCGUACUUCAGUCAUGCGUAAUGGGAAAGCUGAGUGUUCCCUUUCCAUCCAGACCCAAGAUAAUUUGCCAGCCAAUUUAAAUGGACUUAUGAAAUGUAUUGUAAUCAGUUCCCUGGUAACUACCCAAAGGAAAUUGAAAGCCAUGUCUCUGUUGAGUGGUCGGAACCAACUGGCCAGAGCUGUUCUGAAUCCAAACCCCAUGGACUUCUGUACCAAAGAUUUACUGACUACAACAUCUGAGAGAAUUAUUGCCUACUUAAAAGAUUUCAAUGAAGACCAAAAGAAAGCAAUAGAAACUGCAUAUGCCAUGGUGAAACACUCACCAUCAGUCGCCAAAAUCUGUCUGAUUCAUGGACCCCCUGGAACAGGAAAAUCCAAAACCAUUGUUGGCCUCCUGUACCGCUUACUGACAGAGAACCAGAGGAGGGGGCAUUCAGAUGAGAACUCCAAUGCCAAAAUCAAACAAAACCGUGUCCUUGUGUGUGCACCUUCUAAUGCUGCUGUCGAUGAACUUAUGAAAAAAAUUAUCAUCGAAUUCAAAGAAAAGUGUAAAGAUAAGAAGAAUCCUUUGGGAAACUGUGGAGAUAUAAAUUUAGUACGACUGGGUCCAGAAAAAUCUAUUAAUAAUGAGGUUCUAAAAUUCAGCUUGGACAGCCAAGUUAACCACAGAAUGAAAAAAGACUUACCUUCUCAUGUUCAAGAGAUGCAUAGAAAGAAGGAGUUCCUAGAUCACCAACUAGACGAACUUUCCCGCCAGCGAGCUUUGUGCCGAGGUGGACGGGAAAUACAGAGGCAAGAGCUAGAUGGGAAAAUUGCCAGGGUUUCAAAAGAAAGGCAGGAGCUUGCUUCAAAAAUUAAAGAGGUUCAGGGGCGCCCACAGAAAACCCAGAAUAUCAUCAUCCUGGAGUCCCAUGUCAUCUGCUGCACACUGAGCACAAGUGGUGGCUUACUGCUUGAGUCGGCUUUUCGAGGGCAAGGAGGGGUUCCCUUCAGUUGUGUCAUUGUUGAUGAGGCCGGGCAGUCUUGUGAGGUGGAGACUCUUACUCCACUCAUCCACCGCUGCAACAAGCUCAUCCUGGUUGGAGAUCCGAAGCAGCUCCCUCCCACUGUCAUCUCCAUGAAGGCACAGGAAUGUGGCUACGACCAGUCAAUGAUGGCUCGUUUCUAUAAACUGCUGGAAGAGAACGUAGAACAGAACACUAUUGGCAGACUGCCGAUCUUACAACUUACUAUUCAGUACAGGAUGCAUCCGGACAUAUGUCUCUUCCCUUCUAAUUAUGUUUACAACAAAAGCUUGAAAACAAAUAGCUCAUAUGUAAAUGUUCAGGAAAUAAAAUUGGUGAUGGAAAUAAUUAAGCUUAUUAAAGAAAAAAGAAGAGAUAUUACUUUCCGAAACAUUGGCAUAAUAACCCAUUACAAGGCUCAGAAGACGAUGAUUCAGAAGGAUUUGGACAAAGAGUUUGAUAGAAAAGGGCCAGCAGAAGUAGAUACUGUGGAUGCCUUCCAGGGUCGUCAGAAGGAUUGUAUCAUUGUUACUUGUGUCAGAGCAAGUGCCAUGCAAGGCUCAAUUGGAUUCCUGGCAAGUUUGCAGAGGUUGAAUGUCACCAUUACACGAGCCAAGUACAGCCUCUUCAUCCUGGGACAUUUGAGGACCCUGAUGGAGAACGAGCAUUGGAAUCAUCUGAUUCAGGAUGCCCAGAAGCGUGGGGCCAUCAUUAAGACCUGUGACAAAAACUAUAGGCAUGACGCGAUGAAGAUCAUGAAACUCAAGCCUGUGCUGCAGAGGAGUCUGACCCACCCCCCAACCAUCGCCCCAGAGGUGUCUAGGCCCCAGGGGGGCCUGCCCAGCAGCAAGCUGGACAGUGGGCUUGCCAAGACAUCUUUUGCUGCCUCUCUGUACCACACACCCUCUGACUCCAAGGAGGCUUCUGUCACUGUUGCCACAAAGGACCCAGAAAGACCUUCUCUUCAGGAACGACUGCGGGACCCACGGCUGCUGAGGAGGUUGGAUAUUGACACCAAGGGAGCAUUCCUCAGGGAUCCACAACCCUCAAGCCCGCAGCAUCCUGGGGCAACCCCUCCCUUGGGAGAGCCAGGCUUUCCCAUGACUCACCAGGACCUGGGUGGCAGUGUGCCACCAUCCACUGCCAAAGUGGCCCCUCUGAGCAACCACAGACCUCCCCUGCAGGCCGAGCCUCCAGCUGCCAGCCUCAGUGCUUCCACCAAUAAAAGGAAAUGCGGUGACCUGGACGGAGGUCUGAGCUAUGGAAGGGAGACCAGGGCUUUCAGUGAGAGGGAGCAGGAGGAGCAUGGCUUUGUGCCCCAUCAUCCAAAGAGGAACUCUGACUGGGACAACAGGAGACUGGAGGAGGGUAGCAGUGGCAAAAGGAGAAGGUUUUUAUAGUGAAGCCGAGUGACUGGACUGCCAGCCAAAGGCGUGGUUGUCAAUGUAAGCCGACCAGCUAGCAGGGCCAUCAGAUAAGAUUUCUCCCUAAAGAGUUUGUGUGCUGUUGGAAAACAUGGAAGUGCAUCCUAACCAUGAGCCUUUGGUCAUCCUCAGGACUUCAUUUCAGUUGCAAAAGCUUUCAGAGGGUGUCUGUGUUCUUGAAGUCACAGGUUCGGAAUGUUGCUCUUUCAUUCUUGGGUAGAAAAGGAGGUCAGACUGGAGUGAGUGUUGUAAAGUUGAAAUGUAUAUUUGUAUAGCAAACAACAAAAUCCUUUAAAAAUUUCAUCUGAUAGGCAGCUUUUCAUUCCCCUUGCUUAAAAUGUUAAUUUUUCAACAGAGCAAACUAUGCUUAAAAAAACAAGAGGGCAGGUCUUUCCAGCCGUUGUUACAACGGGAGGUCUUUUACAGCCUCAGUAAUUGGGAGUAAGUUGAGUUCAGCUCAUGGGUCAGUUGUCUCACUAUUUAAAACAACUGGAGUCUCCUGGGGACCUUUGAGAAGUACCAUCAGUCAGGGGAGGUUCUGAUGUGGCACCCUUCUGGACAGGCACUGUGGCAUGGGGGGUUACCUCUCUGUGACAAGUUCAUUUACCUAUUUUAGUAUACACACAAUUCUCUAACUAAAAUGUUUUCUUAAAAUAAUUGUUACUUAGAUGCUUGCAGCAUAUUGUGAGCUGUGGUAAUUAGUGAGCUUAUAGACAUGACCAUCAAACUUGAGAUGGGCGCUGUGCUGACCAUGGAAGAAUCCCCUGGCAUUGCUUAUCAAGGCUGGCAGGUUGCCCAGGAAAAUCCAACACUUCCCGAGGGGUUCCCAUCACCAGGCAGCUUGGGAACCACUCAGGCAGGCCAAGUGGAGUAUUUUAGGCAGGAAAGGAACUCUUAAAGAAGAAAGGGGGAAAGAAGACGUGUUUAGAGCUAGGGGAAGAGUUGCAGGUUUCCUGUGGUCCUCAGGAACUGUCUGGCAGUGGAACUAGCUUGUGGUAGAUCACUAGUGGGUGCUCUCAGCUUCUAUUUAGAGCCACUGUGCUUGUGACAGGAAAGUGGUUGUGGCAGGUAGAGAUAGAAGAGUCAGAUCGGGACACGGUAGGGGCUGCCUAAUUUUGUUCAAGUUUCCUAAAUGUGUGACUGUACAGUUGACGGUUGGAAUAAUGUCAUUUGUAGUGAAUGCUGUGCAGCCCAUUGGCUAAUUUGGGACCGAAAGACAAAUCGUUGAGUAUUAAUGUUCACUAUUUGAAGUUUUCAGUCAUCUGCUUUUUAAGCAAACAUGGUUUUGUCUUCAAAAUUCUACUGAAGCAGGUUUUAUGUACAGCUUUGAAAAAAUAGCUUCUGGUUACCAAAAAAGUGUCAACAUAAUUUCUUUCCUUGUAUGUCUCCCAUGGGUGCCCAGAUAUAGAACUAAUGUUAGCUGAACACCCUUGAAGACAGGGGCAGCCAGCUUCUGAGAGCUCUUUGUUCCACUGCAGCCUUGGUGUCCUAUUUGUGCUGUUUGUCCUAGCCAUGCAGCUUGAGGAAGAGCAUGGCGGGGCUGGGGAGUAAGCACGCUGUUGCUUUAAAGUUUACUUUGCUGUGAUCUUGGUAAAGUGAGUGCUUUAGCGCACUUGGAAGAGUAACCAUUUAGGUAGUAUGAAAACUCGAAGCUUCCAGGAGUGGCUGGGGUCAGGACAUCCCCACUCUGAUUAACAUAUGAUUUAAGAAGUGUUUUCCCAAAAUGCGUACUUUGAUGGCACACACCAAACAACAUUUGUCUAGUAGUGAAGUUUGAUCCUGUUCUCAGGUUGUGGUCAUCCGUUUGCUUACUCUUACUUAGUCAAAUUAUCCAAGAAUCAGGAGGAGUAUUGCAGCAUCCUUCUUGUUUGUUUGUGGUUUUUGGUUUGUUUUUUUUUUUUUUGCAGUGCUGGGGAUCAAACCCAGCACCCUCCUGGCAUGCUAGGCAUGCGUUCUGCCACUGCGCUUUUGAUGUCCCCAGCCCCUGUGCCCCUUUCUAGGGAAGAGCCUCUCAACAGAACACAGUUGUGCUUCACAUUAGAUUUGAAACUUAUUCGUUCCAGUUGGUAAAAGCAUUUACAAAAAGUGGUAUGUAUCCCGUGGCCUUCCUGAUGCUGUUGUCAUAACAGUGCUGUUGAGUGCUGGUUAAUGGUUCUGUGAGAUAAAAAGUAUGACUGUUCGCUCUUGCUGUGGCUUUAAGAGAGAGGGCUCUGUCUUCUUUCUGUGUCAGUUAUUUCAACAUGAAUAUAUUCUACUUUAAACCUUGUUUUGCUUCCUUGUAUAUAAUUUGCCUCGGAUUUACCGCGCAGUUUGUUUAGUUAUGUUUUUGUGAAUUAUUAGGAGUAAAUUUGAUAAGUUCAUGUGAAUAACCUCCUGUAAAUGAGUUUUAUAACAAAAAUGUACUAAACUAUUUUCCAAAAUUAGUUGUGCAGAUUGACGAUUUUUUUUUUUUUUCUUUUUGCUGUAGUUUUGACUUCUUAUGCUGUGCAUUUACAGCCAGGUUCUGACAAACAGUAACCCUGUUGUCUUUGUUAAAACCUACACUUUAAGAGAAAAUGGCAGAAUUAAAAGUAGAAAUGAGAACUGACGUGGGUUAGAAGUUACAUUACUGAGUAAAGGUACAGAUGUAAUUCAUGGAGUCUAUCAUUUCACUGUUUAGUGCUGAGGCCUCUUGUGGCUUUGUGUGACGCAGCCCAGCCUAGUUCUCACUGCUCCCAAGCUCCUGCUGGAACCUCCAUAAGGUAAUGGAGUUGCUGUGGCUCCCCAUGGUGUAUGGUUGUGUGUUGCACGUGUAUCUGGUUGAAGUACAAGCUCUCCGUUAGACUGGGCUGGGGAGGGCAAGAUGGGAGGAUCAGCUGUGCAGUAACCAGUGACAGGAGUUCCCCAGCACUGGUGGGGGUGGGUAUAAAUGUCCAAGCUGGGUAACUGCCAGUGAAUAUGGAAGUGGAGCAUGUUUUAUGAAACCUACUGGUUUCAUAAAAACCUACUUCAGGAAGCGGUUCUCCCACCCUUGUGCUUCUACUAAAAGGCAUUUGACCUCACCCUUGGUAUCUUCUGCACAUGCUUCCCAGCUUGGCCUGCAGUCAUUCAGUGUGCACACCAAUGUACCUGGGAGGGUAAGUGGCAUGCAUGGGAGGGAAUGAGGGAAGGAGAACAAGGAAGAAUGAAUUUGCCAAAUGAGCUGGCAGGAGAUGAGUGCCGUGUGACAGUCACUUCAUUUGUGGGAUUUGUUGUGGUAGCUGGAGCACUGAUUUAAAGUCACCAGAUAGCCCUCUCCUCACCAGUCCACAAUCCCAUGCGGUUGCCCCCACCCCCUGGGUUUCACCAUUCAUUGUUUGAGGAAUAAAUAAUUCAGGGAGGGAACUAAAAUUUAGCUCCGUUUAAAAAGAAUUUAUAGUGGUAUGCAGUACCACAGAGGCAGUUCCUGCAUACCAGGGACUGUGUCGUAACUCUUAGAGACCUGAGUUACUGUCACCUGUCCUGAUGUAGAGGCAUUUGCCAAGUCAAAUGGCAUGAAUGAUGCCAUCGGUGGGUCUGGAAGGACAGGAGAGACAUGCUCCUUACAGUGUACACUAGUGGCUGUGGACACAGCCACCCUUGUCACAGCACUGUAGCAGAUGGAGCUGCUACUCGGGGCCUUCAGCCUCAGGGAUGCAUGCUGCAGUCACUGGGGAGCUAGCCUUUAAAAGGUUCUGGUGCUGGUUUGGGGUGGAGUUCUUGCCCAGAGGAUUCCAUGGAGCAGCCAGCAUUGGAGCCUGGCCCUGUGGGGUCAGCAGAAAAGAGGAAUAGGAGCUUGUAGGGACCCACAAGAAAAGCCAUGUGGACAUCUGCUUUCAUUCCAAGAGAAGGAAAAUAAAUGGGCCCAGAUGAUUCUAGGUACCAUCAGAAGGGAAGAAGGUAGGAGGCCCUGGGUCUAGGAAGAUGCAGUGUGAGUUAGUGGUGGCAGACCAGGUCUCAAAAGAGCAACCAGCUCACUCCUUGUGACCCUAAAGCCGUUUAUCACCUCAACAGUGGGUGAUACCUGAGCAAGAUGGGAUGCUAGGCUGACCAUACACAGCCACAGAAAUGGUCCAGCAGGGAGCUAUUGUUACCUGGAAAGGAGGAGACAAAGGCCUUAGCUCUGCCCAUGGCACUGACCAGUGGCAAUUCACAACGUCCUUUGCUUUCUCUGUCUGAAAACAGUAUUUGGGGUUUGCGUUUUCUCCUGAUCGUUUUCACCAGUAAAUAAACUCCCAAGUCCAGAGCUCUGAGGCUGUGGGAGGAAGAAACAAAAAGUAUGGUUUGUCAACCUGCAGGCUGAACUAUCAGAAUCUCUGGGGCGGGCGGGCUCUGAAGACAAAUGAAGCAGCAGCCCUGUUGUCCUUGGGUUUAGGGUGGCUGCAGGGGCACCAGACACUGCUGCAACUCAUGCCUGUGGUCACUUACCUGCCUGCCUGUUGGUGUGGGGCCAGGCCUGCAACUGGGUCAUCCUUCCCUUAGCUUCUCCAUCUCUGCCUGGUGGAUGUUUGCCUCUGUGGCAAAGGACAUGAGCUUGUCUGGUGAGAUAGCCAUCUCCAAAGUAGACUGACGUGGGUUCCAGUCCACCCAUGGGGAUCUAACCAUCCUUGCUCUCCCCAUUUCACACCACGUCCCUUUCCCUGCUGCCUGCCUCUCAUGCGUAUUACAUCUUCACUCACUUAGUAGCCUCACCAGACAAUAAACAAUUUUUACAUUCAACAGUCAUACAAAUUUUAAUAUGAAAAGGAGAAAAGUAUUGUUUUUACUUGGUGUGCUAGAUUUCACAUUACUGUGAUAAAAUACCUGACAAAUAGCAAAAGGGAGGAAGGACUGAUUUUAGCUCAUGGUUUCAGUCUAUCAUGGUGGGGAGUUCUGCUCAACUCAUGGUAGCCAGGAAGCAGCCCAAAGAUAAGAAAGGGCCAGGGCAAAGUACGCCCUUCAAAGAUGUCCCUGGUAGCCAACUUCCAACCAGGCCAUCUUCCAGUUCCACCAUGCCCAAUAUUCCAUUCAGGUUUCUAAUCCAUCAGUGGAUUAGUUUGGCGCCUAAUUGUCUCUGGAAACUCCCUCACACCACCCCAGAGACUGCUUUCACUUAAUGUCCUAGGCAUCUCUCAAUCCAAUCAAGUUGACAGUCACACACCCAUCACACCCAGUUAUUUAACACGUCUGUGCGCUUUGUUUUACUCCUGCUGGUCCACCUUGGCUUCUGGAUCAUUUUCCUUCAGCCAGAGAACUAUUUUAUUUCCUUCAUCUAGUUUUGUUCAUGAGGCAUGUUUUGCUGGGUAUAGAAUUCUGGGUUGACAAUGCUUUUCUUUCAGCACUUGAAAGAUGUUUUUCACUCUGUUCUGUCCUCCAUGGUACCUGGUGAAAAAUCCAGUCAUUCCAAUAAUUACACCCCCCAUGC